AUGAAAUAAUACAAAAAUAAUUUAGAGAUAGAAGAAGAUUAAGCUCCAUAAAGUCUUAUUUAAAAACAUUAAGUAGAAAAUUAUCAAAAAGAGUCUAAGGAGGAAGUUCCUAAUCAUGAAUAUCAAAAAAGUUACAGAUUAAAUUAGAUUAGAGAUAAGAAAUAAAAUUCAAUAAAAUAAUAAUUAGAUGCGUUAUCAACAGCGACUUCUAAUUUUUACAAAGAGUCAAAUGAAAAUUAAAUUAAGAGUCCAUCACAACUGAUUGAGUCUUAUAAGAAGAUAGAUUAAAGUUAGAUUACCUAAAUAAAAUAAUAGAGAAUGGCAAACAGAAUUAUUUCAGCUUAACCAUUAAGGCAUUUAGUGAUUAAAAAGGGAUAAGAUUCAAUAUAAUUUUAAUAAUUUGAAAACCAAGAAUAAAAAAGGCCACUUGUUAUUUUGAAAGGUUUAAGCGAUAAAUAUUAAAGGUAAGAGGAAAAUGAAACAAUUCCUGAUAAUUAAUUAAUUAGUUCAGAUUUGAAUUAGCAAAUAUUUAAAAGAGCAUCUAGAUUAAGAAAAAAAUCUCAAUCAAAUGGAUUUUAUAUUAGUUAAAAUAGCAAAUAAGAAGAACCCCAAAUAGAUUCUGAAUUAGUAGAAUCAUUUAAAGAAUAAAUGAUAAUAAAUUAAAGUGGAAAAAUAAAUAAGGAUGAAUUAUAUGAUUCAUUAGAAAUAGAAACAAUUUAAAAUAUUUCUAAAAUGGAAGAAGUAAGAAUUUAUAUAUUGUAGAGCGAAUUUGAUUAAAUAACAAAAAUAUAGUUUAGGUUUAAUGCAAAAGAAGGCUCACUCUACAUGCUAGGAGAACUCUUAAUAAAUCUAUAAGAGUUGAUAUUAGAUUAUUCUAAUAUUGAAUCUUUGAGACUUUUAGGCACUAAAUUGACAUUUUUAUAAAUAUUAAGCAUUAAAAAAUCAAAUUUAGUUGACUUAUCUGGUAAAAUAACAAAAUAAAUAUUAUAGGAAUACUAAGUAUGCCUAAUUUGGUAGAGUUAAAUUGUUCAUUUAAUAGUAUAAAUGAUGUGAGCCCCUUAGCAUUUCAUUCUAAAAUUGCAAUUUUAAAUCUUGAGGGGAAUCAAUUAACUGAUGAAUAUCAAUUGGAUCAUUUAGAAUCAUUAAACUUAUAAUAUUUAAACAUUAAGAAGAAUCCAUUAUGUAGUAACUAGAAAUUAUAUGAGAUAAUCCUUUAAAGAUUUGCUCAUAUAAAAAUGGAAAUAGAAGGAAAUCCAAUAAUAAUAGAGAAUACUAGAAAUGAAUUAAAAUAAAAUUAAAAAAUUGAAUUUCAAGAAUAGAAAAUAAAUCAAGAAGAAUAAAGAAUAAAAUAAUUAUAAACUCUAAUGAAUGAUAUAGAAUAGAACCAAAGUUUAUGCGAAUCUGUGAAAGGAAAGCAGUACGAAAAACAUAAAUUAAGGAGGCCUCAAACAGCUUAAGUUUAAUAAAUAAAGUCAGCUUCGCCAUCCUAAGGUUAAGAAUUCAAUCCUUAUAAUAAAGUCAUUCAAGAAAAUUUCAAAGACCAUCAAAUGAAAAAUCAAUAGAUUUAUAGUUUAAAAAAACCCAAUUUUUGA